AUGGCCUCCUUUGCUACCACAGAGGGCGUGGAGCCCCACGACAGCUAUUCCAGAAUGGAACCGUUCUCGGCCAGCGAGACGGCGAUGGAGCGGGACCUCCGGCUCCGGAUACGGGACUUUUACCGGACCAGCGAUAACAAGGACCUGAACGAGCGCUGGAUCGAGUUCUACACGCCCGAUGCCAAAGUGAAGAUUGGUCCGGCGGCGGCGGAGAAGCACGAGAACCUCCGUCAACUACGGGCGGACAUGUGGAGCUCUGUCGCGGCGAGGAAGCACUGGAUCACGAGUGCGAUCGGCUCCGCUACCGAAAAGGGUGUGCACGUCAUGCUCAAGGGGGGAGUUCGGAGGAAGGGGUUGGAUGGUGCUGAGAACGUGUUCAGCUGGGCGGGUAGCGCAGACUGGGUGAAGCAGGAUGGGGAGUGGCGGAUGGAGGCAUAUCGAGUUUGGCUCGACCAGUGGGCUCCUAUUGAGGGGGAACUACCUUCGGUGUCAGAGUUUUGA